AGCAGAUGCUGCUGGCUGCGCGCGGGACCCGGGCGCUAGCAGAGCGCAGCCGCGAGGGAGGCGCGGGGGAGGCGAGCCGGAGCCCGAGCCCGAGCCGGAGCUGCUAGCAGCCAGUGUUGGCGGAGAGUACCCGGGCGCAGCCAGAGCCGUAGCCGCAGCCACGAUGGCCGUGGCCGUGGGGAGACCGUCUGCUAAUGAAGAGCUUCGAAACUUAUCCCUUUCUGGCCAUGUUGGAUUUGACAGUCUCCCUGACCAGCUGGUCAACAAGUCUACUUCUCAAGGAUUCUGUUUCAACAUCCUGUGUGUUGGUGAGACAGGCAUUGGCAAAUCCACGUUAAUGGACACUUUAUUCAACACCAAAUUUGAAAGUGACCCAGCUACUCACAAUGAACCAGGUGUCCGGUUAAAAGCCAGAAGUUACGAGCUUCAGGAAAGCAAUGUCCGGCUGAAAUUAACCAUCGUCGACACUGUGGGAUUUGGAGACCAGAUAAAUAAAGAUGACAGCUAUAAGCCGAUAGUGGAAUAUAUCGAUGCUCAGUUUGAGGCCUACUUGCAAGAGGAAUUGAAGAUCAAGCGUUCUCUCUUCAACUACCACGACACCAGGAUCCACGCGUGCCUCUACUUCAUUGCCCCUACUGGACAUUCACUGAAGUCCCUGGACCUGGUCACCAUGAAAAAGCUGGACAGUAAGGUGAACAUCAUUCCAAUAAUUGCAAAAGCUGACACUAUCGCCAAGAACGAAUUGCACAAAUUCAAGAGUAAGAUCAUGAGCGAACUAGUCAGCAAUGGAGUCCAGAUAUAUCAGUUCCCCACAGAUGAAGAAACGGUGGCAGAGAUUAAUGCAACAAUGAGUGUCCAUUUGCCAUUUGCAGUGGUCGGCAGCACUGAAGAAGUGAAGAUCGGCAACAAGAUGGCCAAGGCCAGGCAGUACCCCUGGGGUGUGGUGCAGGUUGAGAAUGAAAACCAUUGCGAUUUUGUGAAACUUCGGGAGAUGCUGAUCCGCGUGAACAUGGAAGACUUGCGAGAACAGACUCAUACCCGCCACUAUGAAUUGUAUCGGCGCUGUAAGCUCGAGGAGAUGGGCUUCAAGGACACUGAUCCUGACAGCAAGCCUUUCAGUCUUCAGGAGACAUAUGAAGCAAAAAGGAAUGAAUUUCUGGGAGAACUUCAGAAGAAAGAAGAAGAAAUGAGACAAAUGUUUGUUAUGAGAGUGAAAGAGAAAGAAGCUGAACUUAAAGAGGCAGAGAAAGAACUCCAUGAGAAGUUUGACCUCCUAAAGCGGACACACCAAGAAGAAAAGAAGAAAGUGGAAGAUAAGAAGAAGGAACUGGAGGAGGAGGUGAGCAAUUUCCAGAAGAAGAAAACAGCAGCGCAGCUACUGCAGUCCCAGGCCCAGCAGUCUGGGGCCCAGCAAACCAAGAAAGACAAGGACAAGAAAAAUGCAAGCUUCACAUAAAGCCUGGCAAGCCAAGGAUGGUCCCGCAUUCACCUGCUUUUGCAGUAAUAUUGUAUCUCUGCCAUCUGUGUCCUUUUGUUUUUUUUUUGUUUUGUUUUUACCCUUCCCCAGACACCAAUAACUAUUAUUAACUCAUUUUGCUGAAUGUUGUUGGGUAGUAGAAAAUGACAGAACAAGGGAAUAACAGCAAAAAUUAUGUGCAGCUAGACUUUGUUUCUGGAAAGUAAAUGAUUUGCCUUUUAUGCCUGUUCACAGUGGCAGCAGGAAGCAUGCCUGUUACUUGUAUGUUGCUUUGGACUGAGGGAAGGAGGGUACAUUGCUACAUGUAAGUCUGACAGGAAAACUCACCGUAGCAGCUGAACUAUAAACCUGAAUAAUCAUGACAACUUUUCUCGAUUAUUCAUAUCCAUGAUGGCAAAAGCCCUGAACUUAUUCUGUCUCUUCUCCCCACCUGCUGCAAACCCAAGGUAGCUUUGUUCAUAGGCAGAAGAGUAAGUAAGCUUUAUAUGACUUUUACACCUGCAUGGACUUAUUAUUAUAAUAUUAUUUGGCGUGGUAUGUGGGUCUCUUCAGACUGACCAUCUCAUCUUAUGGCUUUAAAAAUUUGUCUGAACCCUAUCUCUUAAAUUCGGGCCAAGUUAGACUGUAAUAAACUAUGAUUAUGUUCACUUUCAUCAGUGCAACCCUGAUCCUCUCACAGAUAGCAGUCUCGAAGGUUGGAUAGUACAACAUUGCUUAGUAGAAGAGUCUACCAAGGAUGAUAGGCUUUCCACAACCUACUUACUACCUGUAAUUAGCAGUCUUAUAAAAACACCUAAAUUUGCUCUCACUGGGCUGGGAAGGGGAACCUAGUGACUGAGGCCAGGAUAUCAUUAUUUCUAAUAACAUUUUUCAGUAAUCAUCAGGAGGAAAUUUUCAGAAACCUUUCAAAUAGAAAAUUUGCUAUAAGCUGUGCAGCACAAAUUUGUCAAUUUCAGGUAGAAAUUACACAAACCUAUGAUUCAAAGAAAAUAGAAAUUCGACUUCACAUCUAACUUCCUUGCACAGAGUCCUUUCGAUGUUUGUCAAUAAAGAGAAGAAGAAAUUGAGCAGCUGGUUUUUCAAAUCCAUGUGUCUUGAAGGAAUUUCCUCAUCUUUCCUGUCAUUAUGCCCAAGACCUAUAACCCCAUCAAUGAAGAUUAGGAGUUACUCAGGUGCCAGGACAUGGACUAUACCCCAAAUUUGUAUGGAAAAGGGCAUAUUUAAUCUCUUUUCUGUGUUCCUUUGUGCAGCUUAUCCUUUCUUUUUCUUGAUUUUUUUCCCCCCUCUACCAAGAUCCUCCCAGCUUUCUAACUCUAAGAUCUGUUUCUUCCUUGAAAGAAUAACAUUUCUCAUGAACCCGAUAUUUCACUUCUGCAUUUCCUUCAGGCCUUCAGUUAUACAUUAAGGAAAUAGGACAGAAUACACUGUACCUCCCCUGACACACACACACAACUUCUUAAAAAUAUUAAGUCUCUAGUUGAUUCCAGUAAAAACUUAUUUUUCCCUUCUCUUCAUCCUCAGCCAUACUCUUAGGGGAAAGAAGCAAUGGUCUUCCAUGAACUGAUUUAGGCUUAAUUAGGCAAAGUAAGAAAUCAGUUUCACGGAAGCCCAAACUAAGCUGGGCUAGAAACUGCACAUCAGGAACAGCAAUAGUGAUAUAAAGACAGGUUUAGGAGAAACUGGACCAAAGCUUUUGUUUUUGCUUCUGUUUUUUAAUGAUUCUAGUGUGAUGCUAGCUAUGGAGCAGCCAAAUAUUAGAUGGCAUGCUGAUUCUAACCAUGGGCUGAAUUUGCUCAUAUAUGUUGUGCACCAGACAAAAGCCUGAAUACUUGUGUUGUAUGCUUGUCCCAACCAUUGCUUGUGUGAGCAUUUUUGUGCCUUGAAAGAGAAAAUACACUUUUAAAUUCUAAAAAUGCAUCACUUUAAAAUUGUCAUUUUAAAUUAUCAUACUAAAGCUUAGCCAUGAAAGGCAUCCAGCUGACUUUUUGAUUCCAAGAUUAUUAAUUGAUUUUUUUUUCCAUUAAAAUUUUCACAGUAAAAUAAAUCACAUGGAGAGUCAGGGAAUAAAACUUCAAAAGAAAUAUAGAGAAUAUAGAAGCUUUUUAAAAAAUGUGUUGCUUCUGAACUUUUUUCUGUCCCUGCUCCAGGCCCUGUUUAGUUUGUUAUUGCUGCUCUUCUCUUCUUUCUGUAUCUGUGCCUUUUUUCACAGUAGUCCUUGGCUCUGCACGGAAUAAAUGAUACCCUCAAAUCUAAUUGGAUGUGCUUUCGCCUUUGCAUGUAAGUACGCUAGUAAGAAACCUUUGAGAUCUUUGACUUUUUAAAAUUAGAGAAAUGGGAUAGAUGGACUGUUUUCUUUUUGGAGGGGUGGGGGUAGGGAGGUAAUGGUUUGAGUAGCUUUUGGUGUAAAAAUAAAAACUAAAUAUAUUUAAAAUGGCCACAUUUAUAUCUUUUUCACAAGAAACCCAUAAAUUCAAUUUUCCCUUGAUAUCAGUAUGGAAGUCAGAAAUUACUAAUCCCAGUCUGUGUUCUACACAGCAUUGUGAGUGUCAUUGGAUGUUACAGGGGCCCGUGGUUCUGACUCCGUAAAUAAAGCUAGAAUGAGAAACCAUUGCCUUCCACCUGGAGAAGAUCAAGAGGAAAAAAUUUUUUAUGCUAGGUUGUCUCUAGGACUACUUAAUUUUUUGGUCUUGCCCCCAUGCUAAUUGCUGGCUUUUUUUUUUUUUUUUUCCUCCAUUUUGGCUAGACAGCUCUAGCUGACCUCUUUACAUCUUUUGUUCAACCAUAAUGACCAUCUUUUUGCUCCUUUCAGACUUUAGAUACCCAUAACCCUUGUGUAGGUAAUAGGACGUGAUGGAAAAACAUUGAUGAGAAUUUAUUGGCUGUUCAGAGACUAUGUUUUCCAGCUUAGGCUCUUUAUUAAUUGGUCAAAGUUUGGUCCAGAAAAGGCAUCUUAACCAGGGGAACAUUCAUCAUGAAACUGGACACAGGUUACUUAUUCUCUUCUUUCUCUGCUUUGUAAUCUCACCAGCAAUAACACUUAUUCUUCAUAUCUCGUGCACCUCAAAUAGACUUGGUUUCCUCACUUUCUUGACAUAUCCAUAAGUGUUUCACAUACAGACUGUUGAAUCAGGUUUUUCAGCUGUUACCAACCCACAUCAUACUGUCUCUGUGUGGUCCUACCAAAACUGUCCAUUCAGAUCUCUUUGCUUUGCCAUUUGCAAGUGUCUAAUAUUGUCAAGUCUCAACUUCCAGAAGUUUAGGUUUCAUUGAUGCAUAUUUGAUGACUGACUCUUUAGUGGAAAUGGUAACCUACAAAGUCUAGAUUGUAUGUAGGUAUGAAGGGAAUUUUUUAAAUAAAUUGAAAAUUAAGCUGUGAACAGCAUUAGAACUUUGUCUAUUUCUUAAUUUUAAAAUAUGCUGAUAUGCCUUAAAUUGUAGUUGUAGAUCAUUGUCAUUUUGCUGUUUGAAAAUAACCGAUGUGUUUCUAAAACUUGUGUAAUCUACUUUCAGUGUUAAUGCAGAAUUGUCAUAUUUGUAAGCUGCAUGUUAGACUUUUUUUUUUAAACUAAAAUAAUUGUAUUAAUGUGAAGCCUAUCAUUUUUCAAGUAUGAAAGUAAUCACUUAGCAAACAUGCUCAGUAAUUUUGUGUCUGUUAAGGUAGGAGAGUGGUGGACAGGUAAUCUAUGCAUAUAUCACUAGUGCCAAGACAUAAAGUGGGGGAAAAUAUAUUUUUACCCAAACA